GCAUCACAUAUGCUUUGCGGGAAGAUGAAAAAAGUGUGAAAAUAAUUACUCUCUUAAUUUGAAUUAUUUUUGUGCGGCCUCUUUGGCAAAUUGAUUUACGUUUUCAGCGUGGUAAUAACCAAGUUAAAGUGAGCAACAGGGGCCACUGCGAUGCCAACUCGGCACCAACAUGGGACAAUGUUGAGACCAAGUUGGCACCAUGUUGGCGUCAACAUAGUACCGUGUUUCACUAACCAACUUGGUAUACCAUGCAUGUUGGUAACAAAAUGAUCUUAAUACAGUGCACCCAGGUGAUCGUUUGUAGCUGGGGUUAAAAUUCUACUGACUAAAUACUUUCAUGGGAAUCUCAAUCGACAUGCAAGCUAGAGACAAUGCAAAAUACGUGCAAGCACUUUUACGAAUACCAGAUCUCUUUAUUGAGCGUGUUGUGAUCCCGGUCUACCAACCUGAAAUAAUCUACUCGUUGACUGGAAAGAAAAAAGAAUACCAGUCGUAUGCAAAUGUAUUGUUCGCAUUGGUUCGAGAGAAGAAGAUGGAGCAUCGCGCUGAGCUGAGGCAAACUUCUGGCGUAAGUUAUGAGGCUGGUACGAAGCUCUUCUUAGAUAUCCUGUUGGAUAAAUUUGAAGCAUCAGAAAAAAAGGAUAUGGACCUCUUGACCUACGAGACGGGCGAACUGUUU